CAACAGUAAUGGCGUCCUCCGGUAAUUAACAGUUGAAUUGGCAGUAUAUACAAGGUAUUUAAUACGGUCUACAUCAUGGACAGAAAGGAAGGAAAGAAGAAGGGCAAGAGAAGCAAAAUUGGUGUAAUUAAUGAUAACUUUGAGAUGGAAGAGGCUUCUACAACAAUUCAAAAUAAAGUCAGUCCUUUCUUAAAUAACAUCCGAGAUGCCCAGGCAAAGAAUAACAAUACAAAGUCAAAAGCUCUGGAAAAUCUUGUACAUGCAAAAAAGUCAGUGUCCAGGUGGAGGGAGUAUGUGAACAAAAAGCGGAAAAAGAAAAAAAGCAGGUUUCCUCGAACAUUUGCUGAGAUGUCACUCAAACAAAAAGGUGGCGAUGUAUGGGAGACAGUUACUAGUAGAAGCAUAGAGGGAAACACACCUCGUGUAACAGGACAAGACAGUCAAAAAAAUGAUGAGAAAGGAGCACUUGGCCUGGACGAUAUCCAUGAGGACUUUGUCUCGGGAAAGGACAAGCUUUUUGGAAAUAAGAAGACAAUGUCAAGUGCUAGUAAUCGCGCACUGAUGCAGUACUUCGCAAAGCUGGGUCGUUCAGAGUCUGACGAGUUCAUUGACCUUGAAUUUGUGGAGAGUUUGCUGCAGAAUGGCGCUGACAUUAACUGUACGGACAAACAUGGCCAAACUCUUCUACAUGAGGUUGCCAGCAAGUGGCACAUAGAUGUUGCCAAGUUUCUGAUAGAGAACGGUGCUGAUGCGAACAAGCCUGAUGCUUUUGGUAGAACACCACUCCAUGUUGCCGCAGCUGAUAACUACCCGGACAUGGUCAAUUUAUUGAUUGAUAGCGGUGCUGAAAAGGAAGCAAAAACCUACGGUGAAAAUCAGACUGCUGUGCACUACGCUGCCCGAAAUGAUGCGAUUGAUUCACUGAAAACUCUCAUCAAGCGGAGGUGUGAGUACAAGAUGGUAAUGGACUACAAGGGACGGACACCAUUACAUGUUGCUGCACAGCUAGAUCGAAGUGAGACGUCACGUCUAUUACUGGACCUUGAGGCCCCUGUUGGCCUCACAGACAACAAGGGACAGGCCAUUAUGACCUGGAUGAUCACCAAAAUGCCCCCUGUUGCACUUGAAGCCCUUGGCCAGCUGCAUGUGCGAGACCGACCCAACAGGAAACAGUACUUCCACCUUAACGCACUCAUGAACGAUAAAGCCAAAGAUCCUGGAAUGGUAGUGCAGAUACCGUUGCAAGUUGCCGUCCGAUACAAACAGUUUGACAUCCUUAUGAACCAAGUGUUUCUCACUCUCAUGAACAUGAUGUGGAUCAAGUUUGCAAGGUGGCGCGCAUAUGGGGGAUUGUUUUUCAACUUUUCGUACAUCCUGCUGUGGACGGUUUAUGGUGUGGUCAUAGAGUAUGACAAGAGACAUGACUACGUGCUUCCAGAACAAUGGUGGAGAAUUAUACUCAUUAUUGCUGCCGUGGGGAUCACAAUGUGGCAGAUCGUGGAUGAAAUCCGGGAAUAUCGACGUUCAAGUUACCUCCAUAGUAACUACCAAGAUUGGCGGGAAAAAGAGAUAGAGGAGGACCUGAAGUUUUGUCACCCACGCUGGCCGGAGGAGAGACUUUUCCUUGAGAAUGAGCUAGAGAAUGUGAGGAGUUCCCACACAAAUUAUCUGUCCGACAUGUGGAACUGGUUUGAUUGGAUUUGUUACACCCUCCUGUUGGCUGUGAUUGGCACACAUAUUGCUGACAUUAUUUCCCACACUGACCAGCUUGCCAGACACCAUAUUCGCCUCACUGCUGUUGUCAUCAUUUUCCUCUGGCUACGCCUCAUGAAGAAUAUUCGUGCUUUUGCUCUUUUAGGGCCUUUUGUUGUAAUGUUGGGAACCAUGGCACAAGACUUGCUCAAGUUUGCCUUCUUAUACUUCGAGUUCUACAUUCCAUAUUUGUGUGCCUUCUGGAUGAUAUUUGGAGGAACAAAGUUUCCCAUGAAUGACAAUGGGACCGUGCGAGCAGAGAAUGUUACAGUGCCGGGGUUUGAAAAAUUUAAUGAUGCCAUGUUUACCAUGUGGAGAAUGACCCUCGUCGAUGAAUACGCUUAUGAGGACAUGGUGAGCAUAGAUAACGUGAUGGCUCCACUGCUAGUGGCUACCUGGCUCUUCCUGUCCGCCGUUCUGUGCCUCAACCUCCUCAUUGCCCUUUUCUCAGAUACUUUUCAGAGAGUGUAUGACAAUGCCAAAGCGAAUGCCGUGAUGCAGAAGUGUAUCAUGAUCCUGUCAUUCUGGGAAGGUAUGAGUAACGAGGCAAGGUUCAAGUUCAUGGACUUCAUCAGCAAUGAGUGCUCUCCCUUUAAGGACGACUACGAUGAUGAUAUGACCGACACUGAUGGCCAAGAUCUACAGAAAGUUACCAUACAGAUAAAGGAAGAGUUAGACGAGAUGAAAAGACGUUGGCACGACCAGUUUGGUGACGAGGAUGAUAAAACAGCGCUGGAGGAGCUAGUGGAAGAGGAAGAAGAACGCAAAUCGAAGAACAACAAGAUGGUCACCACUGCCAAAUUUGAGAAUGAGUUGGAUGGUCUGAGGGAUGCUCUCUGUCAGGGCCUCACACUUCUACAACAGCAGCAGGACCAGAUGAUGAACCAGUUCAAACGUGAGAUGAAAAUGGUCAAAUCUCUGCUGCUAGACCUCCACGGAGGAGUAGGGGGUCCCGGGUCCCAGGGUGGUGAUGGUGGCCCAGGGUACGGCAUGCCCUACACGGCCCGAGGGGGUUACGCAGCUCCCAUGGGACAGAUGGUCCCACAGCAACCACAGAUGAUGCCCAUGGCGGGGUUUCAACAGCCUUUGGAUGUCGGUCAGGAUGAGAGAAUGUUGUCAGCAAGAAGAAGAAGAAAGAAGUCUAAAACUACGCUAGAUACAGGAAACUACCUGGACGCACAGCUACCAGGAGAAAUAAACAGAGGUAUAUUUGCCCCCAGCCCAUUAAUGGGCCAGCCCGCAGUGGAAGUGGCCACCCAGGACCCUGAAGACCCAUACCAGGUGGACAUUUCCAGCAGUGCUAGGCUGGCUCAUGACCCUGAUUCCAUAGCAUAACAGAUGUGUUCCAGAUAAUGGUCUGUAAAUGCUCAUUCAGUUGUGGUCGAAAAAACAGUGAAAUAUUUACUAUCUAACAAUAAUGUGCUGCAAGUUUUUAUCUGAUUCCCCAUUGAAGCAAACAAGAUUGCUUUAUUUAUUUGCUUGAGUAUCAGAUACUUGGCCCAAAUUUCUCCAACAAUCUUAUUUACAGUUUAAAAGUUCCUCACGCUUAGCAAACUAUUUUUUGUUGGCAUAAUUUGCGUAUUUUUUCUCAUUUUCAUGAGAUUUAAACCUUACAUGUAGUUUAUAAAUUAUCAUAAUUAACUAAUAUUUGUUUUGUUUAUUCAAGUUGUUUGACUAAGUGAUAUAAGAUACUUUAACCUAUUACUCUUGAGAUUUGGGAGAAAUCUGGGUCAGCACUAGUGGUGCAAAUAGGUGAAAAAUUCAUUUAUGUCCCAAUCGCUCCUAUGAGGAAUUUUUAUAUUAUAAUAGAAUAAUCCAGCAUCAGCAGUAUGAUGUGAUAUGUGCCAGAAUUAUAUGUAUAAGAUUAGUCUGUGAUAAGUGCAUUGUACCUGUACUGCUACUUCUACUUGUUAAACCAUAGUUCUCUAUUAUUGUCUCAUCACAUUAACAUAUAUUUAUAGAAUUUUAUAUUUUAAAUUAUAUAUUGCUUAACAUGUUAAAUAUUAAAUGAGAUUGCUUAGAAACAUUGAUAUCAUCAAGUGUAUAAAAAAUAUUUUAGUUCAUUUGAGCAUUAUGUAUGAUGAAGUCUUUUUCUUAAAUUUUAGUUAUGUACAUUAUAUUUUACCUUUAAUAUUUAUAUUUGUAUUUUUUAUCAUAUUUAGAGAUACUUUACGCACACAACACCUUGAUAUUCAGAUGUGUUACAUGAGUUUGUGCAAUUGUAUUUAAAUCUUGGUUCCGCAAGAACAUGAAGGUCAAGGUGACUAACGAGUUUCAGUAAAAAGAAAAUGAUAUGCUUUCAGCUGCAUUUAAAUACAGUCUGUGAUAUAUUGUUAUAUAAAAAAUCAACGGAUAGUUUGAUUUUUUUUUAAACUUUCGCUUUAUAUAGCUCAAUCAUAUGCUAAUUCAUGAGUACGUUUUCUUGUUCUAGAAAGAAUAAAUGUAGCGAAAAUAAAAAAAUAAAUAAAAUAAAAAUUG